AUGAAGCUUAACAAUUCGUUUUUCUAUGUCUUUAGUGCCUUUAAUGGUCUAGGAGGCUAUGCCCACCUGUUAACCGUUCCCACUACAACAUUCACAGAGACAGGAGGCGAUUAUGACCUUUCUAGACUCUCUGGCAUUGUAAUAGAUUCAAAAUAUGCAGAUUCGGUGGACAACAAUGGGCAGACUUUGAUACCGCCAACCUUGCAGCAAUUUACGGAGACUUUCCAAGGAGACCUUAAGUCGACCUUGGAUUUGGAUUUGAAGGUUUCGCAAGGAAACAAGCGCCUGGAAAACACCAUCUUCGUGACUUUGGCAAAUCAAACGGAUUUUCAUGAUGUUGCAGGCCGAUUCACCUCUGAAGCUUAUGCCUUGACGGUCGACGAUCAGGGCAUCGUUAUCACCGGAGCCAGUUCUUUAGGUGCAUGGUGGGGAACACGAUCAGUGAUUCAGGCUGCUAUCAUUGGAGAAUUGAGCUUGGCCAAAGGAUCUGGUGCAGAUGCUCCAGGAUGGGGUACUCGCGGGGCCAUGGUGAGCUAUACAAUAGAAAUCAUUCCUGGUACCAUCGCUAAUGAAUACAUCCAGCUCGAUGUAGGACGCAAGUAUCAUCCACCAGAGUUCUUAAUCGAGAUGUGCUCGUACCUUUCAUUUUUCAAGCAGAACACGUUCCAUGUUCAUCUGGAUGACAACCUCUACAACAACGUCGACAUAUACUCGACAGAACGGUCAAUGGAUCUGUAUGCAACAUUCCGACUCUGGUCUGAUGAUGAAGCUGUCGCGGGUCUGAAUCGCCGUGCAAAUGAAUCUUACACCCGUGAGCAAUUCGACCAUGUUCAAGCACAGUGUGCGCAGCGGGGUGUCACCAUCAUCCCCGAGAUUGAAGCACCGGGCCAUGCGCUUGUCAUUGUUCAAUGGAAGCCAGAGCUUGGCCUCGAUGACCUGAGUAUGCUCAACAUCAGCCAUCCGGAUACUAUCCCGACUAUGAAGACCAUUUGGCGCACUUUCCUGCCCUGGUUCCAGAGCAAGAUUGUUCACAUUGGUGCCGAUGAAUACGACAGUGAUCUGGUCUCAGAUUAUACGCACUUUGUUAAUGAAAUGAACACUUUUAUACAAGAGGAGUCAUCGGGUCGUCAGCAGAUGCGCAUUUGGGGUACUUUCACACCGAAACAAGGUGCCAAUGUAUCCAAAUCCGUGACCUAUCAACAUUGGGAUGUGAGUGCGGACAAGCCAUACAGCGACUAUAUUCAGAAUGGAUAUAAUGUUCUCAACUCUGACGAUUACAUGUAUCUCGUUGGCGGGUGGUCUGGGUCAUUCGCGCAGAAGCUUGAGUUGAGCAAGAUCUUUCAGGGUCCUUACGGCGCACCCUUCUCACCAAACAUAUUCGACAGUUCUAACAAGAGCGACAAUCCUCCCAGGAAUAACCCACGGGUGCUGGGUCAUGCAGCUGCCCUGUGGAAUGACUAUGGUCCAAACUCCACAACUGUCCUGCAGACCUAUUACUCCUGGCGUGAUGCGCUCCCUGCACUUGCUGAUAAGCAGUGGGGAGGUAACAUCACCGAGGGGGAUUAUGCCUCCGUCUUUGACCGGUUGCAGGCCGCGGUUCCGGCUCAGAACCUGGAUCGGAGGAUCCCUAGCAAGUCUGAUACGAUACUUCACUAUACUUUUGACAGAAGCUCGGACAUUGUAACCGAUCAUUCAGGUAAUGGAUACAAUGGAAAGCUACACGGUUGUAAGAUCUCCGGCUCGACUCUCCAUUUCGCCAACGGGUGUUACCUUGAGACACCACUUGGAAGCAAGGGGCGUGACUAUACGCUCUCUUUCAAAGUCAAGCCUACCUCCCACACCCCAGGCUCACUGUUUAAUGGGCCUGAUUCAAGCUUUGUGAAUGGCAAUGGUACCAUCUCCAACGUGACUUUGAUCAGUGGGGGAAAUCCGUACUCGCUCAAUUAUACCCUCCCUUUGAAUACCUGGACGGAUGUCAGUUUGAUUGGACGAGGAAACGCCACUCUGUUGACUGUUUCUGGAUCUGGGGGUGGCUCUCGGUCUAUGGAGUUCCUAACCAAGAUUGGCGUUAACGGUGAAUACUUUGUGUGGGCUCCCAUUGCUAUCGAAGCGCCCUUGACUCGGAUUGGAGAGGGAUUUACCGGAUCCAUGAAGGAAAUUAUGCUAAAGGGGAGUGCUUAG